AUGUCUAAAGACAGCAGCGUGGUGCCCCUGCAGGACCUGUCCUGGACCAGCCUGAGGGGGGGCAGGAUCAGGACCAAACGCCGGUCCAGGGACCUCCUGGGUCCGGACUCCGAGUACACCCCAACAGAGUCCGUCCAGCGGCUCCCGCCUCCUCACAAAGUCCCGCUGCUGGUCAGCAGAGGCAAGGAGAACCAGUUUGUGCUGGCUCGGAGGUCCAGGAGGACCAGAGAGUCCACUUCAGGUGUCUCCUGGAACCAUCUACCUGAAGAACUGCUCCUCAGGAUCUACCUGUACCUGCCCCUCCAGGACCUGCUCAGGGUCUCUGGGGUCUGCAGGCGCUGGAACCGCUUGGCGUUUGACGAGUCUCUGUGGCACAGUGUGGACCUGGAGGGCCUGACCCACAUGGGCCUGGCUCUGCAGCAGGUUUUGAAGACCCGGGUCCGCAGGCUGCGCUGUCCUCGAGCGUUUGUUGAAGACCUGCAGUUCACAGGGUCCAGCCCGCUGCAGAUAGUCGAACUGGACCUGUCCAGUUCCGUCAUCCCGACCUGGGUUCUGCAGAACCUGCUGCGGUGCUGCAGACAGCUGCAGUACCUGAGCCUGGAGGGGCUGCAGCUGUCUGAUGACAUCAUCAGGUGCCUGUUGAAGAACCCGGGCCUGCUGCAGCUGAACCUGGGCGGCUGCUCCAACAUGUCCGCCGGUGCCGUGGGGGCCCUGCUCCGGUCUUGCUGGAGGUUGAAGCAGCUGAACAUGUCGUGGUGCAGCUUCAGCAGCGAGCACGUCCAGAACCUGGUCCAGAACCUGAGCUCCGCAGUGUCGGACCUGAACCUGAGCGGCUACAGAGACACUCUGACUCUGGACGACGUGAAGGUUCUGGUGGCCAGAUGUCCAAACAUCCAGACCCUAGACCUGAGUGACAGCACUCUGCUGACAGCUGACGUCCUCCCGGUCCUCCAGCAGCUGAAGGUUCUGGUCCAUUUGUCUCUGAGUCGGUGCUACCACCUCCACCUGGCUGCUCUUAGUGACCUGGGCAGGACGCUCCCAUCCCUCCGGUUCUUGGACGUCUUCGGUCUGGUCCAGGAGAACCAGCUGCCGGUUCUGAAAAAGGAGCUGUCCCUCAUCAACAUCAACUCCAGACCCUUCUCCUGCGUGGCCCGGCCCACUCCGGCCACCAGGACCGGCCUGCUCCAGCCAGACCGCAGCAUGUGGGACAGGACGUGCCGCCUCAGGGUCCGGUUCUGA